AUGGCAGGCUGGCAGUUGCUUGCCGACCAGGUGGUCAAGGGCGACGCCGCCAACACCGCCGGCAGCAGCGGCAGCGGCGCCAGCUCGGGCGGCGAAUCAUGCACCGCGGGCGCCGGCGGCACGGGGGCGCGCGGCAGCGCGGCUGGCGUGGCGGGAUCGGGCGGGCGGCUGCACCAGCUGCGGACGGAGCGCAGCUUGGGGGCAUGCAGCAGCAUGUCAGAGGACGGCUCUCCCAGCAUGGGCGCUGGCGUGACGCCGCGGCCCCACCAGUGGCUGUAUAAGGAGUAUCGGCUCUUGGAGGAGAUCGGAUCUGGAGGCUUCGGGCGCGUCUGCAAGGCGCGACGGCUGGCAGACGGGCGGGUGGUGGUGGUCAAAGAGAUCAAGACUACUGCACUGACGUCGAAGCAGAAGGCGGCCACUAUGGACGAGGUCCAGGUGCUGGCCAAGCUGGACCACCCCAACAUUGUGCACUACCACGACUGCUUCAUGGACGAGGUGUAUAUCAACAUUGUGAUGGAGUACUGCGACGGCGGCGACCUGACGGGCCUCAUCCGCAGCCGCAAGGGGGUGCUGCUGCCGGAGGAUGACGUCAUGAACAAGUUUGUGCAGGCGAGUCACCGGGUGUGCCUGGCGCUGCUGUGUGUGCAUGCGCAGGGCAUCCUGCACCGGGACCUCAAGCCCUCAAACGUGCUGGCCACGUCCAGCGGGCUGCUCAAGCUGGGCGACUUUGGGGUCUCGAAAAUCAGCAACUCGGAGGCGAGCAUGGCGUCGACGAUUGUGGGCACCCCCCACUACCUGUCCCCUGAGAUGUGCGAUAACAAGCCCUACGGCCGCAAGAGCGACGUCUGGGCCCUCGGCUGCAUCCUGGUGGAGCUGUGCACCCUCCAAAAGGCCUUCGACAGCAGCAGCAUAUCCAAAAUCAUCCUCUCCAUCAUGGGCGGCAAGUACAAAUCGCUGGACAGCGGUUACAGCGAGGGGCUCAAGGGGCUGGUGGCCGCGCUGCUGCAGGUUGAGCCAACGGCGCGGCCGCUGGUGCACGAGAUACUGCUCCUGCCAUACGUCAAGCAGCACCUCAUACGCUAUCUGGAGUGGGCCCGCGCCGUGCCCGACGCCCGCCUGGAGGUGGUGCUGUCCGGCCUGCAGGGGUCGCUGUUUGAGCGCCCCCGCAUGUGCGCAACCCCAGCCUCCUCCCAGCGCUGGAUGCUGCCGCAAGCGGCGUCCGCGUCGGCCGGCGCGGGCGCGCCGGCGUGGCAGCAGCUCGGCAGCCCGCGGGGCGUGCUCGCGGGUGCGGGCGCACAGCAGCAGCAGCAGCAGCAGCAGCAGCAGCAGCAGCAGCAGCAGCAGCAGCAGCGGAGGGACGACCCGCAGCAGUUCAUGGCCACGCUGCAGCAGGCCGCGUCCCUCGGGGACCGCCGCGCCUCCGCUGCCUCGGAAUGCGCCACCACCGGCGCGGCGGGCGCGGCCGGCGCGCUGCUCAAAGCCCCGUCCGGGCCGCAGCAGCAGCCGCAGCUCGCCGGCGCGCCAUCGGGCGGCGCUUCAUCCGCGUCGACGCCGCGGGGGGCGGCGGAGGAGCAGCUGGAGGGCAUCCGACGGCUGCGCGGCCUCAAGAGCCGCCUGCAGAUGUCGUACGACGGCACGGGCGGGCCCGGCGCGUCCCCCACCUGCGUUUACCUUGGACUCAAAAAGGCCAUGAGCCUGGACUCCGACGCGACAGCCGUUUGA